AUCUCCUCCGAGCCCUCCACGAGUGAAACCGCGCGCACUGCUUUCAGCCUGAGCUAGAAGACCGGCCACGUGCAUAAACGGCAUAAAGCUUAAGCUGGUGAUCGGGUGUGUCGGAACUCGCUCACGACUAAGGGAGACGGAGACUUACGCCGGCCUUAAACCAUCUGGAGCAUCAACACCGAGAGUGGGAGCCUACCUUCUCCUUAGGGCUUGAUCCAGAAACUUCGACAUGGCUUCCCUCUUCGCGAAGCUAACUCGCAAAAAGCACAUGGAGGAGGAUCAUAUGCAGACGAAUUUGAAGAGAUGUUUGACGACGUUCGAUAUCACGCUGCUAGGCAUCGGUCACAUGAUGGGAUCUGGAAUUUAUGUGCUCACACCCACGGUAGCGAGGGAUGUCGCUGGUCCUGCAAUCAUUCUUUCGUAUCUCGUCGCGGGAAUAGCCUCCCUCCUGGCUGCUCUCGCCUACGCGGAGUUCGGCGUCAAGUUCCCAAGAGCAGGAUCCGCUUACUCCUAUUCGUAUUUCUCCGUCGGUGAAUUCUGGGCGUUCUUCGUGGGAUGGAACGUGCUCCUAGAAAACGUAAUCGGUAUUUCGGCCGUCGCUCGCGCUUGCAGCGAAUACAUCGACAACCUGUGCGGCGGAGUCAUCCGAAAUUGGUUGAUGACAAACAUAGGUGCAUUGGGAUCGUCGAAGAACCUUACCGCCGUCGCGACGACAAUCGCUCCGUUGACCGACGCUGCCGGCAACUCGCCAACGUUCGAAGCCUUGGCCAUGGUUUCUUCCGGAGAAGACGCGAAGUCUCUGUUCUCGGAGCAUGCUGAUCUCCUAGCGUUCUUGAUCAUCGUGGCUUACGUGGCGUUCAUGUCCGUUGGAGUUCAAGCGACCUCGUGGCUCAACAAUCUCCUCUGCUCCAUAAACAUCGUUGUCCUGAUCGUGAUCGUUGGUGUGGGUGUCCACUAUGCCGAUUGGGACAACUGGAAAGUUGACGAGAAUGGUCAAGGUGGCUUCAUACCGAAUGGUUUCAGUAGUGUAUUGUCCGCCUCAGCAACGUGCUUCUUCGCCUAUGUGGGAUUCGAUUCGAUCGCGGCUUCUGGUGAAGAAGCCAAGGAUCCUCAAAAAUCUCUGCCGGUGGCCACCCUUCUGUCCAUGGCGAUUGUCACCGCCUUGUACAUAUCGGUUUCCGCAGUUCUGACUCUGAUGGUGAAAUACACUGAAAUCGCCCAUAGCUCGGGACUUCCGGCUGCUCUAGGCUCGAAAGGCGCUCACUGGGCUGAAAUUUCUGUCACCGUUGGUGCCCUCGCUGGGAUGUCCACAGUCUUGAUCGGGACACUCUAUGCUCUGACUCGUAUAGCCUAUGCCAUGGCUGAUGACGGGCUAAUCCACAGCAUCUUCGGGAAGGUUGCGAAGAAGUCCCAGAUCCCGCUGAUCGCCAUGUAUGUCUUCUCUCUGUUGGCCGCGGUCCUCGCCGUGGUUCUGGAUAUCGAUACCCUCGUAGAAAUGAUGUCUAUUGGGACUCUGUCUGCGUAUCUGGUGGUGUCUGGCGGAGUGAUCAUAUUCCGCUACAGGCCCAACACCCUACUCAAGGUAAUGGACCAGGAGAUGAAACCUAUCGGAAAUCAGGCGACGAACGGCGUUCACCUCGAAUAUGACCCAGCUGGUCAGCAUCUCAAACCACGGGUUGAAUUCCUGCGCAACUUGUUCCCGAGAGAAAGCAACCAGCAAACGGUGAUCUCGGUUUGCGUGAGUCUGAUCACGAUCUGCACCUUCAUUCUCGGAUUCUUCUGCAAGUACAACUGGGACCAUAUCAACGAAUGGUACUCGAUGAUGAUCGUGAUCAGCUUGAUAGUCAUCAUGAUCCUCUCGUUCCUCCUCAUCGUGUCUCACGAACAGUGCCAAGAACCCCAGAAAUAUAAGAUGCCUUGGGUGCCAGUACUCCCGGUCUGCUCGAUCAUAGUUAACGCCAUCCUGAUGACGACACUCCAACUUCUGACUUGGGGAAGAUUGGUCCUCUGGCUCGCAAUCGGUCUCACUGGCUAUUUCACGUACGGACUCAGACAUAGCAAACUGAACUAAACCGGCCCAGAACCAAGAUCGCUCUCAAUCCUCGUAGUUCCACCAACACCGGCAGGGAGUCGCGCAGACAAAUUCUUUCGAGGCGCACAAAGCAUCGUGUUGGAAGUAAUGUCCCAACACUUGAUAUGGAUUGACACUGAUCGAUGUCAUUGGAGCAUUCGGCUCAGUCUCCCAAUUGAUUGAACAAUCAGUUGAUUGUAAAUACACUAUACAGUUUAUACGAAUCGCUUCCCUCGUUCAGAGAGCGAAAGUGAAGUGAUGUCGCCGGCGAGCAGCUCUUGCGAAUGAGUACAAGGAAUCGUCUCCAUCAGAGCUCAUCGUUAACUCUUGUAUAUUUGACUCGCAUUUCUUUGGCGAUUUAACCUGCAGAUCUGACUAGACGGGCGGGCCCGCCUAUUUUCCGUUUCCCAAAUAUACGACCGCUUAGCCGCGGAGAAGUAGCCGGGGAAGUUUCCGGAAGGGGAUUUGAGGAAUCGAUUUUCUGCUCCCCUUCCGCCAGGGCAAGCAUUUAAACGCCUCAUGAACGCCCAUAAAAAAGCUGCUCAUCAGAGACUGCCUUUUCAUUUGUUUCCCUCCGUGGAGGGAAUCGUGGAAGAUUUCCUGCGCAGGUAUCAACAGCAGAAAUAAUCUCUGACAUUCGCGGGACCUCCAGUCGAACACGCCCGGUGGAGAACUAUCAACUCUCUUUCGGAGCUCGACUCUGAAUCUCCUACCGUCCAUUGGAGACUGUAUGCGUGCUUUUGCAGUCCCCCGAAAGGUGCCCGUAUUCUGGAGACUCGCCGUCUGCCAGAGAUGGCCAAUCUUUCGGGAUAUUUCUUGACGCUUGAGAUAAGAGGUGUUGGUCCGCUGCCCCUACUCGGCUCUCGGCUCGAUGAUUUCUUUCUAGAGUCACCCUAUUUCAAUCUCGCUCUCGGAAUUCGAUUCUUCUUUGUUUUCUGAAGGGACUCCCGAUAUUGUUACCGGUCGCGAUGCGCGACUGAAGACCACAUCGUUGAUGGACUGAUAAGGGCGAUAAUUUUUGAGCCCAACAGCGCGAUACCGAGAUCUGACGUUCCUGAGUCCUGCUGACACCUUCGUUCGGGUGGAUUUUAACUCUGCGUUGACUGAAGACUCCAUCAGAAUCCGAUAGAAGAUGAAGCCUCGAUCUGGGCUAUAAAUAUAUAUACAUAUGAAGUUAUAUCACCCCCUACUAAUAUAUAUAUAUAUAUAUACAUACAUAUCAUUCACUUUGCUUUGAGACAAGUCCGUCGAUUCUCGGGAGCGUUCGUGGAAGCAGCGCUCCUCUAAAAUUGUUUUCAAGUCCGAUUCAAUAAAGAAGAUUUCUGAUAUCGAUGUGAUCAUAUGAA